AUGAGCAUGAAAACAGAUUCAAAAAAGGUAGAAUCUUCUAAAAAAGAAACAUCCUAACCCAAGAGUUCAGACUAGACAGUACCAACCCAGCAAACAUAAAAAGCAGUAGUUCGUGAAACUAUCUGGCUGGUAGCUGGUAUUUUCUGUACUAUAAUUUCUUCCCCUGUCAUUUUCUUGGUUAUUCUAAGUACUUUAUGGGAUUUGAUCGACAGAGGUUUUAGAGGUACAAACGGUACUGGUAUUAUUUUUAUUAUCUCUAGAUGGAUCAAUUCUAAAACUGAGAAGUUUAAUUAAAAGUUUGUUGCUUACAAGGAAGAUGCCUACACUAUCAAUGUUAUCAUUUUAUUAGCUGUAGUUCUUCCAAUUGCAUUCCUCUACUGCUUGAAUGACCACAUGAAUAAUGGAUUCAGUUGGACCCUUUGUGUUCUCUACAAUCUUUUCAGACUUGGUCCUUAUUUAAUUAACUUCACCUGGUGCUAUGCCCUUUCCCACAAAGAAGGACAUAUGGGAGCUGGCCUUUACAAGGAACCUUAUACUUUCUUAAGUAAGAUAUUUAACUGGUGGAUUGGUUUGUUCUACGGUGUCUUACCAGCAAGCUUCGUCUAUGGACAUUCAAUCAACCACCACAAGUAUGAUAACAGAGAAGAAGAUGUUGUCAGUACCUCUGAUAGACCAAGAGACUCCUGGCUCAACUGGAUUAGAUAUAUUCCUAGAUUUGCUUUAUAUUCCUUGAAUAUUUCUACUAUCAUUCAAUUCUAUAAGGAAAGAAAGUAUGGCAUUUGUCUCAAGAUGUUCCUUGGAUCUCUCUAUUGGUUCUCUUUUGUCUUCUUAGUAUUAAAGUUAACUAACACCUCAUUCACUUUUUGGUAUGUUAUCUAUCCUUUCUUUGAGAAUUUCUUCAUUCUCUCUGCUAUCAACUGGGCAUGGCACGCUUUCAUUGAUGAUCAAGAUCCUGAAAACGAAUAUAUUAACAGUGUCACAAUCGUUGAUGGUGUAUUCAAUGUUUUGAACGAAGAUUACCACGUCGUCCACCACUAAUAUCCUGGAGUACACUGGACAAAGAAUUACGACCUCUACUUGAAGCACAAGGAAGAGUACAAAAAGGGUAAGCAAGCAGCUAUGUUUAAGGAUACUCAAGUCUUUGAAAUGUUUGUUUUAGUAGCAAGUGCAAACUAUGAUGUUUUAGCAUAAAAAAUGGUCUUAAAUUAGGAUUUAUCUUUCGAAGAAAAGAAGGAAUUCAUCAAAAGAAGACUUAGAGUUUGCACUUGGGGACCUUUCAAGACAGUUGAUCAAAAGAUCUCUAAGUGGGAAUGA